UAAAGGCGGGCCGGCCACAGCGCGCUGGCUCACACAAACCGAACCGAUGCGUCCGCAGGCCGGACCGUCACUGGAGCGCUCUACCGACAGUUCCGGUCACUGGAGCCCGCUGAUGGCCGUGACGAAGCCCGGCCAUGGCCGCCCCACCUGCGCCCCGCAGCGCGCAUGCUUUCGUCCAGCCCAAGCAAAGGAGAUUUCGGUGCUGGGGGGGUUCGCAGCGAUAAUCUGAUUUAUUUUCUUUUUUUUCGGUCGGGUUUGUGUGUGUGUGUGAGAGAGAGAGAGAGGGAGAGAGAGAGAGAUGUGUGUGUGAUGUGAAGGCGGCGGGAUUUAAGCUCUCUUUUGUUCGGGAGAGCGCGGACGUGACGAACUCUCGGCGUUCACGAGCUACCUGGUCUUCUUCUUCUGUGCCCCUCGAUGCUGCUAUGACGUCCUGGCUGCGUAAGAAGUGCAGCAUAACCCUCCGGAGCGUGCUGGUCAUCCUCACUGCGUCAGCCGUUGCGUCCUAUCAUUCGGUGGAGAAGCGCUGUGCGUCACCCUUCGUCUCGACGUGCGGAGAAUGCCUGAGCCGUGGACCGGAAUGCGCCUGGUGCUUUCAGAAGAGGUUUCUGGAUGGAGCACAUGUAAGCGAAAGAUGUGAUUCUGCUGCUCAGCUGCUGCUAAAAGGCUGUGCGGAGGAAUUUAUAGAGAACCCCAGAGUGAAAGUGGAGGUGAACACCACCCUGAGCAGUUCACAGGUGGCUCCCAGAGAUAUCUCCAUCCAGCUCCGACCAGGAAGUGAGGCAAGCUUCAUUGUGGAGGUGAAGCAGUUGGAGCGCUAUCCUGUGGACCUGUACUACCUGGUGGACGUCUCGGCCUCCAUGCAGGACAACCUGGACCGCCUGAAGACUGUUGGAGCAACCCUUUCUCACCGCAUGAGGGAGCAUUCCAGCGACUUUCGAGUGGGGUUCGGGUCAUUCGUGGACAAGCCGGUCUCACCCUACAUUGAUGUGCACCCUUCUAAAAUCGUUAACCCUUGCAGUGAUUAUGAGGUUCAUUGCCGACCAGCUCACGGCUUCAUCCACGUCCUUCCUGUGACGGAGAACAUGACGGAUUUUAAGCAUGUGAUCCAGCAGCAGAGGAUCUCUGGUAACAUGGACACGCCAGAGGGGGGCUUCGAUGCCAUGCUGCAGGCAGCCGUGUGUCAGAAGGACAUUGGCUGGCGUCCUGAAGCUAAACAUCUCCUUUUGGUCAUGACCGACCAGCCAUCCCACCUGGCUCUGGACAGCAAACUGGCUGGCAUUGUGACGCCCAAUGAUGGACGCUGCCACCUAGUGGACAACACCUAUUCCCAGUCUGCCAAUAUGGAGCACCCGACUGUUGGACAGCUUGCCGAGAAGCUUCUAGAAAACAACAUCUACUCCAUCUUUGCCGUGGAUCAGAUGCAAUAUAAGUGGUAUGAGGACUUGGUGGAUUUUCUUCCAGGCACUUAUCUGGGCAAAUUACUUCCCAAAGCCUCUAAUCUCACAAACUUAGUGGUGGACGCCUAUAAGAAACUCCUGUCUGAUGUUGGGGUGGAAGUAGGAAUCGAGGACAGUGAGGCUCACAGAUUUUGGGUCAAUGUGUCGCCGAUCUGCCCAAACGGAUCCAGUGUGGCGAGGAAUGGCAAAUGUUCCAACGUCCAACCCAAACAAACAGUCUUCUUCAACAUCACAGUGGGAAUGCAUUCAUGUCCGGCUGAGGACCUGCAGAAAGGGGAGGAGGUUCUCGUGGUGGUGAAGCCUGUGGGAUUUAAUGAGUCGGUGACCGUGCGAGUCCAGCAGGCCUGUGGUUGUAGCUGUGGUGAGGCAGGACUUUGCCAUGAGGAUCCGGAACCUACCAUCUGCAUACCUGUUCCUGGAGCCAGUCCUGCAGCUGAGCGGAGGGUGAUGGACAGCUGUCGAGAGGAAAGCAGUGGCCUGGUGUGCAGCGGCAGGGGAGCCUGUGUGUGUGGGGCGUGUGUGUGCGACGACAGCAACCUCGGGACCAUCUACGGAAGAUUCUGCGAGAAGGACGAUUUCUCCUGCCCUUAUGACAGGGGUGUAGUGUGUGGAGGUCGUGGUCAGUGUGUCUCAGGGGAGUGCUUGUGUCAGCUUGGCUGGACAGGAGAGAACUGUGGCUGCCCGGCGUCCACAGAGAGCUGCUUGUCUGCAGACGGCUCGGUGUGCAGCGGCAAAGGAAAAUGUGUGUGCGGCAAGUGUGUGUGUAAUGACCCGCGGUAUUCUGGAGCGUUCUGUGAGAAAUGUCCCACCUGCUCAAACUCCUGUCAAUCACACUGGAGCUGCGUGGCCUGCCACCUGUCUAAAGGCUUUGGACGGGACGAUGAGCAGCAGUGCAAUAAAAGCUGCACCUCACUGGUGGCAUAUGUCGAUGACAUCACUGAGCUGAUCAGAGGGAAGUACUGUUUGUACCACAGCAGAGACCAGUGCUUUUUCAGAUUCCACAUGGAGCUGGCAACACACGGACCCCAGCUGCACAUUAGCAGGCAUGCCGAGUGUAUGUCGAGCCAGCGGUACUUUAAGACCUUUCUCAGCGUCUUCCUCCUCACUGUAGUGCUGGGCCUGGGCAUCCUGGCUGUUGUCCGUCUGCUCCUCUGGAACAAAGACUGGUCACGGAGGGUGAAAGACAGUGAGCAGUAUGAAGACAACAAUAAGAACUCAGCGUACGCACCCACCGCUAAUGAGAAGACAAUAACCUACAGACGGGACCGCCUCCCCGAGCUCCCCAUGGAGAUGCAUGUCCACGUUCCCAAGAUGCCCCUGAAUGACAUCUGGCCAUGACAGGAUGAAUGAGAAGAGAAGAGUGAGCGAGAGCAAUAAGUGAAUUAAUGCACAUGUUUCCACAAGCACACUUCAUUCUUCCUUGGUUGUUGUUUUCUUCUUCUGAUACGGUAAUUUAAUUAUAGUUUAUGUUCUGUUGCGUUGGGUGGCAUUUCGGCUCUUCUCUCCCGAGGCCACUCGGGUGAGAAGAGGAAUGAUACUAUUUACAGGGGCUAACGUCGUUGGACAGUGAACAAUAGUAAAGUAAAUUCAUGCUUAAUAGAUAUUAAGCAUUAGCUCUGGAGAGCCUUUCAUGUCCACCGUUUUUUAACCUUCGCUAAUAUGGUUCCUGUGGGUUAAAAGUGCAUUUGGACAGUCUUCGUAACAAAAUGCACACAGCUGAAUCAUAAAUACCCGGUUUUUGCGUUCAAGUGCUCACUGGAAACCAGUACAUUUAAGUCCACCACAGCAGGGUCUGUAUAUCUGCUGUGAUAAACUAUUAUGAUGUCAUCAAUCACUACAAAAAGGAUUUAUUGUAAGGCCCUGCCUUAUUACUAUAGUUAGGCUUAAAGGGAAUUUCCGCCAGUGUUUCAAAAGUUCUGCAUAAUUCAGUCACUGAGAUGUAGACAGAGUUGUUCAGAGUGGUUUGAUAUGAUUGUAGAGAAACUUGCAGACUCAGAUUUCUUUACAGUGGUAAGGGGACCAGGGGUCAUGAUGUCAGUAACACAAAUAUAGCCAUUUUAUUUACUAACCAUAAGAACCAAUGAACAUCCACUGAUUUUCAAAUGUAAAGUUGAUAAUGUGAAACCUGAAAAAAUAUAACUUGAAUGGAUAAUGGAUGGAUAUUUGAAUAAAUUGUUUUUAAAAAUAGCAUUUUAAGCCAAAAGCUUGUGUCACAACUACUGCAAAACAAUGUCUCAUAUUUCGUACACCAUGCAGUAGCUUUCUGUGAAGGAGCCUUUAGGGGCAUUAAUCUUCUUGCACAUCUGGUUCCUUUCACCACCACGGUGAACAAUUCAGGCUUGGCAAGUUUCUCUAGAACAGAGCAUUUCACACCAAGCCACUCUGAAUGACUUUUUUAUGCCUCAACCAUUUAAUUGUACACAAGUUUUGAAAAAUCUGUGGACUUCCCCUUGAAAUUAGGCAGCAUCUUAAUGAUUGAAUUACAUGGAAAUGUUUAAAAAUUGGUAGAAAUUCCCCUUCAAUUUUACAAUCAUUUACACACAUUAUGAUAUAGAACGUGUCACUGAUAUAGUCACCAUUGGUACUUUUAUUUUGUAAAAAUACAGUGAAUGUGCUGGAGCACUUUGCAACUAGUAUACUUAAGCAAGUUUCACACACUUACUUGUAUUUACUUUACUAGCUCUUGGAACACAAUCUGUAGCAUGCUCGGAAAUUUACAAAUUUACCAGUCUACGAGGACUGGCCGAACGCACCCCAAGACCUCGGUCAGGAAUGCUGAGACAGUGUUGCAGCUGUCCCAGACCUAGCUGACUCUGCUAACACAAAGCAACACAGUUUAUGCAUUGUCUUGAAGCAUGAGCCUGUAGCUUGACCAAAAAACCUGGUCAGCCAUUUGCAGCCUGACUGCAGCUUUAACCUCUCCAGGUGAGUUAAGUGUUCUGAAAGUGGACAGUUCACCUCUAUGUCCAGUUCUCUUUGGCCUCUGUGUGGUAGGUGAUGGUACUGUAGUUUUUAUUUAUGUGCGAGUGUCUGAGUGUUUGGUACUUAUUUAUGUUUUAUUUAGCCUCAAUUUAAUGAAAUGGAACACUACGUUUCUGUUGAAGAGCCCACACUACUCAGCCGUAGCCAUGAAAAACCUCAACUUAGAACCACUCCCUGGGAUUCUUCUGCCGUCUAGUGGCCAGUUUUGGGCAAGACCCAGAAAGUUAUCCAAGAUUUUUUAGCACAGUGCCAUGUGAGUCAGAGACCACCCUUGUUUACUUGAUAUACUGUCAGAACAGCUAUUAAGUUAUUUUAUGAAAGCAGAAAUGCACUAAACUAAAAACGGGUGACGGGGACAGUUUUGGUGUCUACCAGGUCUUCCAGUUGGUUGUUAGGAGUCCCAUUUUCUCUGUAGCUUUGUUAACUUUUUGAGCUCCGUUUUUGGAAACUCCUAUUUUUUUUCUCUACUUUCUCCGUGUUUAUGCAAGUCAAGUAUCUUAUAUCAAUCAAAUCUUUGAUCAAAUAUCUCCUGAAUUAUGAAAUAAUUUGCUGUACUGAUUGGAAAUUAAGCAAAACAAGGGUGGUCUCUGAAUUUUGCACUGUACUGUCUUCAGCAAUUCUCAUUCAGCAGAGGUUGCCUGAGUUUCCAUAUAAACAUAUGAGCUUAAAGCAUGAAGUCCAGUUGGUCAUAAAUACAGCAAUUACUGUCAUUUGUCCAUCUUAAUAAUGAUGUUUUCACUUUGAGGUGCACUGCCAGAAACUGGAAUUUUGCUGUGGUCGCUUGCACCUGUGUUCCUCGCCUGGGAUACUGUAUUUUUUUUUUCUUUGGGUGUAAAUUUUGAGAAGCGUGUCGACUGUUUGCCAGUGUGAACUGCCACGCUAACUAGCUGCACUUGUGUAUGUCAAACUACUGAAGUCCAGCAAUGGUACUGACCCAUUUACUGGAAAGAAGGCGAAGCAGGAGUUGAUUCAGAACUGAAGAUAUGGAUUACAGAGACUGUCUUUGGCCUGCUUUGUCAUAUUAGUGGCGUCUCGUAGGCCUGCUGGAGAGUCCAGUCAUUCCUGUGGCUUGUAGACCAGUUUUACCACUGUUUACAUCAAACAUUCAUCCAAACACUAAAAAAGGUUUAUUUAUUUCUUUCUGUUUCUUAGUUUCUUUGUGUUUUUGCUUUUCUUUGUAGAGGUUUUGUUGCUGUCCUGUAGAAUGUUACUGAGAACCACAACGGGACUAUUUGGUACGCUGUGGUAAUAAUUGUAGACAUAGGUCUUAAGCACUAAUUCAGCUCAGUGUGGAUUUACUGCUGUCUGUGAUUAUUGUUUUCCAUUAAAUAAUCAACAGACCCAGUGAUAAUCUUUGGCAGCCAAAUCAUCAAGUAAUUGGGCAUUACAUUCAUUAACGGCACUUUUGUUUUUCUAUCACCAUUUGAUGUGAAAAACGAUUGUUUUCAAUAAAUAAAAAAACUCAAUACUGUC